AUGCCUUACGAUCCUGACUGGCAGCUUGAUGGGGAUGAAAUUGGCUAUACUGCCGCAGCGAAUUCGGGAGAGUACAGUGAAUACUCUGAUCAGGCUGCAGAGCAGCUGCAGGACGAGGGCAAUGAAGAGCAUGGCGAAGCCGGGGAAGAAGAUGAUAUGGACGUCGACCUUCCUCAGCCAAGUAUGAGCAAGCACUCUGAAAGCGACCAUGACGCAACUCCUAGGAACCCCCGUCCUGCCACCGCUGUAGCCCCCGUGGGAAGGCCGUCACAAGUGGCAGUAAUCCUGCAUUCCAGUCCUAGGAAAGAUGACUUCAGGUCCCUGGCAGAUGAUACCUUCGUUGAUGAUGAGGACCAUGCCGACCUUGUCACCUCCGACAUCGUACCCAAACCCAAGAGCAAGCGUCCGGAAAGUGUGGCAGCUAGCGCCGCGGUUAUUCGUCGACAAGAAGAACCUGCUGCGUCUUCCGUCCCCUUUCCAUUACCUACCAUCACGCCCCAGCCAAAAAAGCGAGGUCGCCCAUUUGGAUGGAGGUUAGGGAGCGGCCCGUACUCGGCUAUGACAGGGGGAACGCCGUCAUCCACGCCACGGCCGAAACCCAAGAAGCCGGCCAGCGAACAAAAACAACGCGGCCGUCCCGGAAGAAAGCCGGCGCCGACUGCGCGUCAAGUCUACCUCAAACUCAACCCACGCUUUGUGGCCUUCCGGUGCGAGUGGGAAAACUGCCCAGCCGAGUUGCAGAACCUGGAAACGCUGCGAAAGCAUCUCUUAAUAGUCCACGGCCGGCUCCAGUCGUCCCCGCGCACACGGCCGGCCCAAUCCACGCCACUCCCACACCCGUCACCACCCGCCCCUGACGCGAACCCCGUCAUAACCUGCAAAUGGGCUGCCUGUAGCCAUCCUGCCUUCACCACACAGACAUCCUUCGCCUCACACAUCGAGGAGGCACACCUGCCUUCCUUUCUCUGGCACGUCGGCGACGGGCCGCGCAACACUUCCCCCUUUCCCGCCCCAUUAGAUACCGCCACCACAAAAACAAGCAGCACCGAAGCACCCCUCCCAGCCUACCUUUUUGACGCCAAGGGCGUGCAGGUCACGCCGUCGGUGAGAGAUCAGGUCAUUGAGAACGACGUCGACUUCAAGAAGCGGCAGGCCAUGAUCAACCGGAUGCUGCGGCGGCGCGACGCCAACGCGCCCGAGGAGCCGGACUAUACUGCCGACCAGCUGGCCGAGAUAUCGGCCGUCAUGAGCGAGAAGAAGGCCAAGCAGCGCAUGUUCAGGGACUAUGCGGAGCGCGUGUGUGGCAUUGGUGGCCGUGCUGAAGCGCAGGAGGGAGGUGCGGUGAAUGAGUGGAGGGGGUUGAUGGUUUAG